AAUGGUCGACGCAAUGAGGUGCAACACGAACUCGCUUAUACUUUUCUUAUCUUUAUCCGCACCGACUCAGACGCACAGUCGUCGCCUCCAGGCAUCUCCACGCCCUCAGUUAUACGUACGUGUCCAUGCAGAGGUUGCCUAUAUAUAUUUAACCUAGCCCCAAAUUCCAGUCCAACUUCCAAAAACAGAAGCUGUUUAUACACAUCAUCAUAUACAAUUUCGAUCAUUUGCACACCAACUGUUUGCGUUUUUGGGAAGCUGAUCAAUAUGGCGCAUUUCCAGAGCGAGUACGAUAGAGACAAGACCACCGACGAGUUCGGAAACCCUAUCCGCCGGACUGAGGACCCGGUUCACCACGGUGUAACUGGAGCAACCGCCGGGUACGGCAGUCAUGACACGACCGGAACAGGCUAUGGAACUCAUGGUACAACUGGUACAGACUACGGAACCCAUGGUACAACUGGUACUGGCUUCGGAACUCAUGGCACUGGGCCGACUGGCUUCGCUGCAACAACGGCCGGCGGCGUGACCUCCGUCCCACUUCACCGCUCUGACAGCUCAAGCUCUUCUGAAGAUGAUGGAUAUGGCGGAAGGAGGAAGAAGAAGGGUUUGAAGGAGAAGAUAAAGGAGAAGCUACCAGGUGGAAAGCACAGGUCCGACGAUCCCUACGGUGCGACUACUACACCUUACGGUGGUGGCCAACACCAGGAGAAGGGAAUGAUGGACAAGAUCAAAGAGAAGCUUCCCGGCCACCACUAAAUCGAUCAAUCAUGAUCAAAAACUAUCUUAUAGUUAUAUAUGCGUAUGUAGAUGCUUGUUGAUUAGCUCUUUGAAUAAGCUGAUAAAGCACCUAUAGUACUUCUAAUAGGUAUAAUCAGCAGUGCUGUGAAUAAGGUCCACGAGGUUGUAAGGGAAGGAUUUGGAAUGUUUAUGUUGAUAUGUGCCUUUUGAGUUUGUACUCUGCCGUCUACUGAUCUUGUUUCACCCAGUUAAUGGCAUAAUUAUUCACCU